UUAUCGCACUUGUAUCAAGUUUACAAAUCUAAUCUGUGAUAGUGUAGAUCCGGCAUUUCUGAAAACCGGCCCCAGUCUUUCCCGCUUUGCAAAGGGGAAACUCACCGGCAUGCAAUAUUACUCCUGGAGUUUACUCUGUAAAUAAUGAUCCGUGAGGGCUUGCACAGGGUUGGGGGUGGCGGUGAGGGCAUAAAUUAUGAACACUUCUACUGUACACAAUGGGGCCGGUUUUGUACACCGUGAUUCUACCGUCGUAAGCGAACGUGAAUUUUUUUUUUUUUGUGGGUGGAGGGUUUUAAGGUUUUCGCGUCCGUCUUCCCUGCCAUGUUUCAACAUUCAACGAGACUUCACGAACUGUUACCUAUACGAAAUUCGAAUUUAAUUUAUUCAUUGAGGAAGGCGUUUUCAACCUGGCGUUAAUGGGUUCUUCAGGAAACAGGGUCGCGAUGACGCUCUUAAUCCCUGGGAUUAACGAGCCCCUUCGGAAGACAGUGGCUUUUCACGUUUUCAACCCUUUUUCAACCCCCUUUGUACGAUGAUCCAAUCAGCUCUUACAGUCUUCAUUCGUCCUUGACUCUCCUCCUCAGGCGAGGGUAAUGAAGCUGGAACGAACGACACGGCAGUGACUUAAAAUCAACAAAACCUACCCAUCUGCAGGAUUGUUUAGAACUUGUGAUAAUGGUUUAUUGUUUAUCGGAAGGUCGACCCCCGCACCACCAGAUAAAUAAGACGGCAGUACCGUUAUUAAUAUUCAAUUAGGAUCUUAUCACGGCCCCCUCCGAGGGUGAGCGAAGGGAGGAAAUGCAUAAAUUCAUGAAAUACAACUUUUCAUCUUAGGUCGUUUAAUUUUGACCGUGGGAACGGGACGGGACGAUAACCAUCCCUAAUUGUAUCAGUUGAAAGACGGCCGAUGAUCGAUCUCUAUUUUUACAGACUGUAUUUGGCUGUGAUCUACCCGGAGUCGGAGUCGGGGGUGCAGAGGUCGGUGAACAGGACCCUACUCGGGACCCAGUCGCCGCCUUUCCCCCUCACCCCUCUCUACACCGCCCUGGACGGCUCGCCGGCAGGACUCGAGUCACUCUGCGCCCAGUGGGAAGGUAGAACCGUCGUGGCGGCCCUGGUCCUCGCCGGCAGCGGAGGCCUUGCUGCCGUCGGGCCGGCCCUGGCCGCCAGGAUUGCGGCCGUACCCAUGCUCUGGGUCGGACAAGCGCCGUUUGUACAGGAACCUUUAGGCGCACAUGUGAUACGAGUCGGACCAACGGAAAAAGAACUGGCCCAGGCCCUCCGCUCUCUACUGGUGACGUCCCACUGGCAUUCCUAUAGCCUGCUCUACGCCGGGCCGACGGAAGGGCUCGACCCGCAGAAGGUGAAGUGGCUUAGGGCGCCGCCCCUCAACCCUACCAUAUACAGGAUGUCACCGACGUCCGUCAACAAGAGGAUCCUUCACCGGCUGUCCCAUUCGAGCAGGGGUGUAAUAGUCGUCUGCGCGGACCAACAUAGCGUGGCCGGGAUCCUUCGUACGGCCACGUCCCUCGGCAUGACGGACGGCAACUUCGUCUGGAUCUGGGUGGACACCGGAGCAAGCGCCACCCUUGAGACCAGCCUGACUAGCCUGAGGAGGACGAGGUCGACGUACAAAAGGCGGAGGCAGAGGGGCGCCCUUUACGACCGGCCCAAGGGGAUCUCGAAGCUGCCCGUCGGCCUGCUCGCCCUGAGGGCCGCCGUCCCCCCGCCGGAUAGACACGUCAUACGAGCGAGCGUCAGGCUCAUGGUAGACUCGAUGAAGAAGGCGGCGAACCGCGUCUGCUCCAGGCUAGGGGUGCCGACGAUCACGAGGAGUCAAUGGAAGGUGGCGACCACCUGCUGGGCCAGGCAGCCACUCGAAAUGGGAGAAUUCACAAAGGAGCUUGUCAAGGAGCUGAAACGAGGAGCCGAGUACAGCCUAUCGGGGAAGGGUGCACCGGCGACGAACGAGACGUCUGGACAGAGGAGCCUCAGCGCAAGGUUCCAGAUACUCAACCUGGUCCCGGAACAGCCGGAACAGUUUACCCAGCAGCAGCUUCUGUCGAUGCCGAAGAGGGUCCAGGAGUCGGACAACUGGAAGCAGGUCGGCGAGAUCAUCGGCUGCUGCGAUGUCCGCCUCGAAAGGAUCAUCUGGCCCGGUGGAAACAUAGGUGGGCCUUGCGGCGGUGCGAGGACGAAGAUCAAAGUGGUGACGGCGGUUGCGGCCCCGUUCGUCAUGACGUCGGACGCUGCGAGGGGAGGAGGUCAGACGGGCGGAUGCCUCAGGGGCUUACCCUGCCAGAUAGUCUCUGAUUAUAACGGGACGAGGUACACGUACAAAGUGUCAUGUUGCUACGGCCUCUCCAUGGACCUGCUGGAAGCCGUGUCUCAAGAGCUGGACUUCGACUUCCAACUGUACAUGGUGCCAGAUUCGAUGUUCGGCUCGAGGGUGGUUGACCCGGACGCCGGGACCGUCAGAUGGACUGGCGUCGUCGGUGAUCUAGUGUCAGGGAACGCGCACAUGGCAUUCACCGCGCUCAGCGUCUCCAGGCCGAGGAUCGAAGUUAUCGACUUUUCGACCCCUUACUACUUUUCGGGUGUGUCGUUCCUGGCGGCACCCUCUCAGAGGACGGACAUCCCCCUCCUCGCGUUCCUGCUUCCGUUCUCGCCCGAGCUUUGGAUCGCGAUAUUCAGCUCUUUGAACGUGACAGCUGUGGCCGUGGCUAUAUACGAGUGGCUGUCGCCGUUCGGUCUCAACCCGUGGGGACGACAGAGGACGAAGAACUUCAGCAUGUCUUCAGCCCUUUGGGUCUGUUGGGGCCUCCUGUGCGGCCACCUCGUCGCUUUUAAAGCGCCUAAAUCAUGGCCGAAUAAGUUUCUAAUCAACGUCUGGGGCGGUUUCUCGGUCAUAUUCGUCGCGUCUUACACUGCCAAUAUCGCCGCUUUGAUCGCCGGAUUGUUUUUUCAUUCUGCGACUGCGACGUACCACGACGACAGCCUACUCUGGCAGAGGGUCGGCUCGCCCAAGGGUUCGGCUUCGGAGUAUUACGUCCACAGGGCGAACCAACUCCUCUGGGAGCAUAUGCAACGAUUUUCCGUCCCUGAUGUCGCCACCGGGGUUCAAUAUCUCAAGAACGGAACUUUGGAUAUACUGAUAGCGGACACUCCGAUUUUGGACUACUACAGGGCGACGGAUCAAGGCUGCAAGUUGCAGAAGAUAGGAGACGCGAUUAACGAGGACACAUACGCAGUCGGCAUGACGAAAGGGUUCCCUUUGAAAGACAGCAUAUCGGCGGUUAUAUCCAAGUUCACGUCAAACGGUUACAUGGACAUACUCCAGGAGAAGUGGUACGGCGGGCUGGCGUGUUUCUCCAUGGACACGGACAUGUCUCAGCCGAAACCGCUCGGAGUGACGGCCGUCGCGGGAGUCUUCCUACUCCUCGGGCUCGGAGUCGUCAUGGGCCUUCUCAUUCUGCUCGUGGAACACCUCUUCUAUAGGUACACCCUUCCGAUACUGAGGCACAAGCCCAAAGGCACCAUCUGGAGGAGCAGGAACAUAAUGUUCUUCAGCCAGAAGCUUUACAGGUUCAUAAACUGCGUCGAACUUGUGAGCCCGCACCACGCGGCAAGGGAGCUCGUCCAUACCAUCCGCCAAGGGCAGAUCACAAGCCUGUUUCAAAAGAGCGUCAAAAGGAAGGAACAUGAGCAGAGGCGAAGGAGGAAGAGCAAGGCACAAUUUUUCGAAAUGAUCCAGGAGAUAAGGAGGGUGCAGCAGGAAGAGAAACAAAACAGCCUUAUACUCUCAGAUGGGGGUUCCUUGCAAUCACCUAGGUUGAGGAAAUCUAGGAGCCCUCAACUCCUCAGCCCUCCAGACCAGCAGAGGAGGAUGUCAAGGCUGCCGACACGGCUGGAGCUUGCAAGGAGGUUCAGCAAGGACGUGUUCCGGUCCAAAAGCUCGGGCAACCUGGAUAGCAGAAGGUUAUCGUCCGACAUCAAUUUCGCGGCGAGUCGUUUCCUCGAGGCGCAUAGCUCCCAGGCCAUCGGAAGAAGGUUGAGCAGGGAUACGAAUCUAAGCCCACCGGAUAUCAAUUCGAGGAGGGCGAGCCAUCUGGUACUCACACCUGAGCUGAGCAUCGCGAGCAAUGAGACACUAGACGACGGUUCUAAGUCGGCGUACCUCCAACCUCCCGAGAUCGCGGUCCAUCCUCCGGUAAGCCCGAAGAAGCCGGACCUUCCACCGCCUCACCCUGCGACACCUCGGCACCAACCUUUAGCUAAGAGGUUCAGCUAUGUCGACACAACAAGUCCUAGCUUCAGAGAAAGGAUAUCCAGGUUUGCCGAGGAGAAGUCGAGGAGCUCGGACGAAGCGACGACUGUGGAAGAGAGAAAACGGAACGCCCCAAGUCUCCUGGAACAGAUCAACACGAUGCAAGACCAGUUCCCGGUGAAGCCGAAGAUCGUCUCUUAUGUGCCAAAGAGGUCGAGGAGGACAAUCUCGGCAGACACGCCCUCCCUCUCGGUAGAGGAGCCAUCCUCAUCUGGGCAGACGUACGUCGUACCCGGUUCGACGGCCACCCUAGACCGUCUCAGCAGGCAGGAGCUCAUCCAGCUCUCGCACAUACCGGAGAACGAGCUGAAGAGGCGUGUUAUACAGGCGUUGAAGGACAAAGCCGCCUCGUGAAAACAUUCGAUACAACGAUUUUUUUACUAUGUACCAUAAUUAUGUAUUACAUAAAACAAUUCAUAAAUUAUUUAAAAAAGAUAGGUAUAUACCAAAUUUUACACAUAACAAUUUUUCAGAUUAAAAACAAAACAAAAACAAUAUAAUAUAAGAAAAACCCCUGCCAUUCUAAUAAAAAAUAUAAACAUAAAUAUAGGUAAAUUAUUUAAAACUACUCUCUUUAAAUGUAUCUAGAACUGUCGAAGAAGAACUUAGAUGUCUAGCUGGUCAAAUAAAAAUAAAACGGGUUUUAGUAGAUACUGUUUUGUAAAAUAUCUAUAUAUAUACGGCAUGGCCGGGUGGAAGAUGAAAUUUUUUACGCCUUAAUGUUAAAAAGUGGCUGAAUUAUGUAUUCACCUCUGUUAAAACGUGUCCUACCCCCUUUGACCAGCCGUAACCAAUCCUCAUUGUAAACAUUAACCUCUGUAUAAAAAACAUAACUUUUCCUCUUUGCAACUAUUAUUAACCUAUGUUUGUCCUUAUUGUAACCAUUAACCUAUGUUCGUAUAUAUCACUUUUCCUUAUUGUAACCCAUCAAACUUGUUUAAACAUAACUGUCUAAUCCAUAAAAUUUCCUCAUUGUAACUAUUAACCUAUGUUUGUAUAGGUAGUAAAUUGUACGUUUAAAGAAGUUUGAUGGUUACAAUAAGGAAAAGUUAUGUUUUGCAUACAAACAUAGGUUAAUGGUUACUUUUGUAACCUUCUCAAACCUUCCCAACCGCCAACACCUAUUUCUAACCUAACCACCCCGAACUUUCGUAACCGCGCGUAACCUCCUUCAACUCGCCAUAACUUAAGAAAGAAAAUCUUUUGGGGGGAAAAUGCCUUGCCAGCCCGACGUCCCGGCCAAGCCUGGAAGUAUAAAUAAUAGAACUGGUCUUGUUAGUCUAUUUAUCAAGUGAUAUUGAAAAAAAAAAAAUUAUAAAUUAUUAUUAUUUAAGAAGGGGAAAAUAUAAAUAUAUAUGUAAAAUUAAAAGAGGGAAUUUUAGAGGAGAAACUAUAGUAGUGAACGGUCCUUUUAUAGUAGGCAAAAGCAUAUUUGCGAAUUGUGUACAGACAGAAGAAAAUUAUGCCUUCUUUCUUCUUAUUCUUUUCAAAAUGUUCAUUUUUUUAAAUG